AUGUUCCAAAUCCUCCUCCUUUUCUCGUUGAUCCUCAUGGCUGCCGGUGCGCCGCAAUGGGGCAAUGACUACGGCAAUUACGAUCGUUUUGGCGGCCGAAAUGCCGGCUACUACGGCGGUAACAACUACUAUGAACGAAAUGGUAGAUGGGAUCGAAGAGGAGGAUAUGGUGGUGGCUAUGGAGGACACCAUGAUGGUGGACAUCAUCAUCAUCAUCAUGAUAGAUAA